AUGAUCGAUGGCGAUUUAGAAGGCAACGACGUCGCAACGGGAGCGGCCAUUGACGUAUUGCUGCCUGCGUUGGCUGCGAUGACGCAUAUCCCAAGUAAAUGCCACGCACAAAGAGUAGAACACACCGUUGAUUCGUGCCCGUUUCAACAGUAUGGCUCUUUUUUCCAUUUGACUGCCCUUCCAUGGUUUGCUAAAAAAGCUUACUGCUUUUUUUAA